CGCGCGCUUUCACAACAUGAAGUCCAACACCUCGGCUCUACCCACAAUGCACUGCGGCCAAGGUAACACCCACUCUGUUGACUAGUGGCAAAGCCGAGGCUGACGCGGCCAGCCUGCGGAGAGAAGACGACUCUCCCGCCUCACUUCGUCCAUGCGACCAAGAUGCCCACCAACUUCACCGUGGUGCCGGUGCAAGACGCCGAGGGCGGCGCGGCGGCGACGGCGACGGGAGGCGGCAAACCCGCCACCCUCGACCAGGUGUUCGUGGACGGGGACAAAGACGACAACUCGGACGGAUCCCAGUCAGGUGGGAGGAGACGACAUCCAGAAGGAGUCUCGUCCAUUCAUCCUGGACAGCAACAUGGAAGCGUACAAUGGCAAGAACAUGGCCCUGUUCGAGGAAGAAAUGGACAGCACUCCAAUGGUAUCGUCGCUUCUCAACAAGCUGGCCAACUACACCAACCUGACCCAAGGAGUCCGAGAACACGAGGAGGCCGAAGAUGGCUUCAGAAGGAUCGCUGUCACGGUGCCCCCCAUGGGAACCUUUAUCGGAGUCUACCUGCCCUGCAUGCAGAACAUCCUGGGCGUCAUCCUCUUCCUGCGUCUCACCUGGAUCGUGGGCACGGCGGGCAUCCUGGGCUCCUUUGCCAUCGUGUCCAUGUGCUGCAUCUGCACCCUCCUCACAGCCAUAUCCAUGAGUGCCAUAGCAACCAAUGGAGUGGUCCCAGCGGGCGGCUCCUACUACAUGAUCUCCAGAUCAUUGGGACCGGAGUUUGGCGGCGCUGUGGGUCUGUGUUUCUAUCUGGGGACCACCUUCGCCGGAUCCUUGUACAUACUGGGCACUAUCGAGAUCCUACUGACGUACAUCGUUCCAACAGCAACGCUGUUUGAGGCGGAGAGUUUAGAAGGGCAAGGCACCGCAGCAAAGAACACUGUGCGCGUCUACGGAACCUGUUGCCUGCUUCUGAUGGCACUCAUUGUGUUUGUGGGAGUAAAAUACGUGAACAAACUGGCCCUGGUGUUCCUGGCCUGUGUCAUGCUGUCCAUCAUGGCCACCUACGCAGGAGUGAUCAAGACCCUCAUUCAACCUCCAGAGUUUAAUGUUUGCCUUCUGGGGAAUCGAUCUCUGACCAAUGACAAAUUUGAAGUAUGUGCCAAGACUGAGGUGGAGAACAACCAGACCGUGACCACCCAACUGUGGAGACUUUUCUGCAGCAGCGAACAUCUCAACGCCACCUGCGAUGACUACUUCACCCUCAACAACGUGAGCGAGAUAAGGGCCGUGCCUGGGUUCCACAGUGGCGUCAUCAAAGAUAACCUAUGGGGCGACUAUGGUCCAGCUGGUAUGGUGAUAGAAAAGAAACGCCAGGGCUCGGUAGCAGCAGAAGACACAUCCGGUGAUGUCUACAAGCCCUACGUCUUCAACGACAUGGCCACCUACUUCACGCUGCUGGUGGGAAUUUAUUUCCCCUCGGUCACAGGUAUCAUGGCUGGCUCCAACAGGUCUGGCAAUCUAAGAGAUGCCCAGAGGUCCAUACCAUUUGGAACCAUAAUGGCCAUUGUCACCACUUCUGUCUUCUACAUCUCCUGUGUGCUCUUGUUUGGAGCUUGUAUAGAAGGAGUGGUGCUGAGGGACAAGUUUGGGGACUCUGUGAAGAAAAACCCGGUGAUCGGUAUCCUGGCCUGGCCCUCACCUUGGGUUAUUGUGAUCGGAUCAUUUUUCUCCUGUUGUGGGGCGGGGCUUCAGAGUCUGACUGGUGCCCCUCGGCUGCUGCAGGCCAUCGCACGUGAUGGCAUCAUUCCCUUCUUGCAGAUCUUUGGUCACAGCAAGGCCAACGGUGAGCCCACCUGGGCUCUGCUGCUGACAGUCGCCAUCUGUGAGAUAGGAAUCCUCAUAGCUUCUCUGGACGAUGUGGCUCCUAUCCUCUCCAUGUUCUUCCUCAUGUGCUAUCUCUUUGUCAACCUGGCCUGUGCUGUCCAGACUCUGCUGCGAACACCCAACUGGAGACCUCGCUUCAAGUUCUAUCACUGGAGUCUGUCCUUCUUGGGCAUGAGUCUGUGUGUCUCCCUCAUGUUCAUCUCCUCCUGGUACUACGCCCUGGUUGCCAUGGUGAUAGCUGGCUGCAUCUACAAGUACAUUGAGUACAGAGGGGCACAGACGGAGUGGGGUGAUGGUUUACGAGGUCUGUCUUUAAACGCCGCACGCUACGCUCUCAUUCGCUUGGAGGAAUCUCCGCCGCACACCAAAAACUGGAGGCCUCAGCUGUUGGUGCUCUGCAAGCUGGACUCCCACCUGGCAGUCAAACAUCCUCGCCUGCUGUCCUUCACCACGCAGCUGAAGGCCGGCAAGGGACUGACCAUAGUCUGUUCAGUCCUGCACGGCACCUACAUGACCCGGGGAGCCCACGCCAAGACCGCAGAGCAGAACCUGAAGGCGGUCAUGGCCGCGGAGCGGACCAAAGGUUUUUCCCACGUGGUCGUGUCCUCCAACCUGCGAGAUGGUUUCUCUCUGCUCAUCCAGUCCGCAGGCCUGGGCGGGAUGAAACACAACGCCGUUCUGAUGGCUUGGCCGGCGUGCUGGAAGCAAGCCCGGGACUCCUCCUCCAGGAGGAACUUUAUAGAGACGGUGAGGGAGACGACUGAGGCACAUCAGGCUCUGCUGGUUGCUAAGAACAUAGACCACUUCCCAGGAAACCAGGACCGCCUGGAGGGAGGAAGGAUCGAUGUGUGGUGGAUCGUCCAUGAUGGUGGACUGCUCAUGUUGCUGCCAUUUUUAAUCACUCAACACAAGGUGUGGAAGAAGUGUCAGAUGCGCAUCUUCACCGUGGCUCAGAUGGACGACAACUCCAUCCAGAUGAAGAAAGACCUCCAGAUGUUCCUCUACCACCUACGUCUGGACGCGGAGGUGGAGGUGGUGGAGAUGCACGACAGCGACAUCUCAGCCUUCACCUACGAGAAGACCCUGGUGAUGGAGCAGAGGUCUCAGAUGCUGAAGCAGAUGCAGCUGUCCCGCACAGAGAGGGAGAGAGAAGCUCAGCUCAUCCAUGACAGGAACACCGCCUCGCAUUCCACUAAGGAAGACAAAGCUUCGGUGGGCACGCCUGACCGAGUCCACAUGACCUGGACCAAGGACAAGCUGAUCAGUGAGAGGAACAAGCACAGGGAAGGAAUGGGAGUGAAGGACAUGUUUAAUAUGAAACCCAACCAGUCCAACGUGCGCAGGAUGCACACAGCAGUCAAACUAAACGAGGUGGUGCUGAAGAACUCCCGUGAUUCUCAGCUGGUGCUGCUCAACAUGCCUGGACCCCCCAAGAGCAAGAAAGGGGAUGAGAAUUACAUGGAGUUUCUAGAAGUUCUAAUGGAAGGACUGGACCGUGUCUUACUGGUUCGCGGAGGAGGUCGGGAGGUGAUCACCAUCUACUCGUAGUGCUAAGAUGUUCCUCUGGGCCGGAGGUAGGACAACCAUGCUGCUUGCAGAAGAAACACCUUCACAUACACUUUAAGGAAGCAAACUCCAACAUGAACUAUUCAAUUCAGGGACUUGGAUCACAAAGCUGCAGUUUAGAACAUCUUCAAUGCACUGACUUUUUACUCCAGAGAAAGAAGACUCACUUCCUUUUAAGGGAAACAAUCAUGUCUUCAAACCCUUUAAGGUCCUCGUCUCGUGUCCCAGGGAUUGGAAAAUGUUUUUUAUGGUUUUAUUUCAAUUAAAAGUUGUCAAUAGAAGUA